UAUAAAGUAGCUGAAGGGGGUGCCAAAUUAUUUCUGCUGCUCUAACGCUAUAAAAUCCCUGUACUCUCUGAAAAGGCGCCUGGCCCGGAUUUGAAAGCGAAGCACCCUGCCACAACUCCAUUGAAGCUCAAAUAAAUAUGAAUUUCGCAUAGUACGAGUUAAAAAAUGCAGUGGUGGAAGAUCGGAAGAGCGCGCUAUAAGCCAAUUAAAGAAUUCGUCACCAGAAAUCGAAAUUUUUCAGGGGGAACCAAAAAUGAAGCGGCGACCAGCACUGUGGUCGUUCACAAAACUCCUGCCAUUUUGGCGCAACCGCCUCCAAAUCCGCCAAGCAAGGCAAUGCUUUAUUUCUCCGCCGGGCUGCUCUCCACGGCAGCCGUGGGAGGAGCAUUUGUAUUGACGGACGAGGAGGCGGAGGCGAAGGUGAGGACGAAAAUGGAGGAAGGUUUUCACAGGCUGGAGGAAGCGAAGGAGAAGGUUUCGGAGAGAGCAGCGUCUUUGUAUAGGCGGUGCGUGGAGACGGGAGUGGCGGCGGCGGUGCUGCUGAAGUCGCUGCGGUCGAUGCUGUCGUCAGCUAACGAGGAGGCCAAGUUAGGGCUGAAGAUGAGAGUGGCGGCGCUGCUGGCGGACCUGGCGGGGGCAAAUGAGAGUAGGAGGAGGGCAAUUGUGGCUGCUGGUGGAGGGGCGGUGGUCGAUUGGUUGUUUGAUACGCUUUCUUCUCCUUCCACGCCACCGCUCACGCAAGCUGAGGCGGCCAGGGCGCUUUCCUUUUUGAUUUCGGAUUCCGUUACAUGCGAAGCGGUUCUUGCCAGACCGCUUGCCAUUUCUCAUCUUUUUCGCUUUAUCUACUCCAUACAUCCUCACUCUGCCAAAAAUCCAAAAAGGACAAAUCUCUUACAUGUCAAUGGGGAAGUUUUACAAGGCAAAAGCAUGCUUGUUGCUGCCAUCAUGGAUAUUGUUACAACCAGCUGUGAUAAUCCCAGCAAGAAAGUAUUCAGGCCCAGGCUUCCUGAAUGUGCAGACUUGAGAGACAUUGCUGCAGCUCUUCAGGUCAUUGAGGAGGGUGGACUAGAGUUAGAUGAGCCACAUGAUGGUGAUGAUGAUGAUAAUGAUGACAGGAAGGGGAUGCGGGGUAUUGGUAUUAAGGUUCUUGGGGGCACAGCUGUCAUUGGGUUAUUGAGAUUCCAUGAUUUCUCUAGGCUAGAGUUUCCAUUUUUAAGGCAUUGGAAUAACUAUAUAUUACCUCAUUCAUAUUUCACUCAUUGUUCUUUCUCUAGUAACCACCUGUCAGACCAUGACAUUAUUAAAAAUUUAUCUGCAAAAGGUGGCAGUUCCUAUGUUUCAAUUCCAUCAGGCUCUACCAACACUGUUGCCUCAAAUGAAAAGUUUGAUUAUCCUGGUCUUUGGGAUGAUUUGCAAAGUAGGCAUGUUGCAGUGCCAUUGGCUGCAUGGGCACUUGCUAGUUGGGCCUCGGUAUCUGGUUCUAAUCGAUCUAAGAUUGCAGAGCUAGACAGAGAUGGUCAUGCUGUUAUGACUUCAUUAGCAGCACCUGAGCGAACUGUGAAGUGGCAUGGAGCAUUGAUUGCACGACUACUUAUGGAGGAUAAAAGUGUGCCUGUAGUUGACUUUGGAGCUGAAUGGAGUUCAUCUCUUCUUGCUAUGGCUGUUCAAGCUUGUAAAGCUCAAGAUAUCCCUCUUGUACGUGUGGCACUUUCUUCAUUUUUCGUGACUAUAGAAAGAAGCACUAAUGCACAAAAGGUAGUAAUGGACAAAGGCCUUAAGUUGAUCAGGGAAAUCUCCAAACAGACACAGACAGAUCAGGAGAUUCAAGAAGUUCUAGCAAAAGCAAUAGAAUUGCUAUGGACCACAGGAUCCCCUCUUUCUCUUGAAGAAAGCAAACAAUGGUCUGGAAUUCUCUUACGUUGGGUUUCUGGAAGACACUCUGUUGAAGGCACAAGGUCCUCAGCUGCAACUGUUCUUACACAAAUUCUUGAAGAGCAUGGGCCGAAUGCCAUUAUCAUUUCUCAAGCAUGGCUGACUUUAUUACUAUCUGAACUCAUUGGUCUUUGCAAAAUCACACCUGCAAAGAGGACUACUACUUCAUCAAAUUCUACAGAAGUCAAGGCAAGUAGCAAUGUGCAGAGUCAGAUUAUUCAAUCAGCUGUACAAUCUGCUACACAGUUAGUAGGCAUAAUUGCAUACACAGCUGAGAAAAAUGGGGUUGCAAGUCCCGACAGUACUGAAAGCCAACCCACAGAUGACCUACUCAUGUUAACUACAUUUUCUGAAUAUAUCACCCCCAAAAAGAAGGAUAGGCCGAUUAAUAUUGAUGCAGCUGAUUCUGCAUUAGCAACCCUCAAAGGCAUCAAGGCAUUGACAGAAUUAUGUUCAGAGAACCACACUUACCAGAAAAGAAUAAUUGAAUCUGGUGGACUUUGUUUACUGCGACGUUUUAUGCUCAGUGAUGAUUAUGAGCAACUAGCUGCAACUGAAGUAUAUGAUGCAUCUAGGUUGCUUGAGGGACAAGAUCAAGUUUCCACUCCUGUAGAUAAAAGUGCUAUUUCAAAAGAAAACAACUCAUCUACUGUGAGAGUGCCACCUACUGCACACAUUAGAAAGCAUGCUGCUAGGCUCCUAACCAUUCUUUCACUUCAAUCUGAAGCUUCAAAAUUAAUUGCAAAAGAUGAAGCUUGGUGCAAAUGGCUUGAAGACUGUGCAAAUGGGAAAAUCUCUGGGUGUAAUGAUCCAAAAAUUCGCAGUUAUGCUCGAUCAACUCUAUUAAAUAUAUCAAAUACAAAUUACAAUGGGAAUAACCAUGCCUUUGACAGUGGGAAGGCAGAAAACAUGGUUUUUCAGAGAAACAUGUGCCCUCGGUAUGAGGAUAUGAUUUUUCUUAUAAAUCCUGAGGCAUCUUACCAUAAAUGUCAAGCAUUUCAGGCCCAAAACAUGCCUCAAAAUAGUGCAGUAAAUGUGACUAACACGGAUUAUUCAGCAAACAAUGUUGAUCAGGGAAUUGGUGGAUUUGAGGAAGAUUCAAAACCUGGCGUUCAUUCCAAAAUUCCUCAGGAUACAUUUCAAGAGAUGCAAGAAGAAGCAGAUCCUCUUCUUGAUGUUGUUUUUGUGCAUGGAUUACGUGGAGGGCCUUUCAAUACAUGGCGUCUGUCAGACAAUAAAGCUUCUACUACAAGUAAAUCUGGCCUUGUUGAGAAGAUAGAUGAGGAUUCUGGAAGAGAAGGAACUUGUUGGCCUAGGGAAUGGCUUGCAGCUGAUCUUCCUCGAACUCGCUUGCUUACUGUCAAAUACAAGACAAAUCUAUCUCAGUGGUCGGGAGCUACGUUACCGCUUGAGGAAGUGAGCCUAAUGUUGCUGAAGAAAUUGGUUGCAGCUGGUAUUGGAGAACGGCCUGUCGUAUUUGUCACUCACAGCAUGGGAGGCUUAGUUGUUAAACAGAUGCUAUUUCAAGCGGGAAAGCAGAAUCUUACAAAGCUUGUUAACAACACCUCUGGAAUUGUAUUUUACAGCUGUCCACAUUUUGGUAGUAAGCUUGCAGAUAUGCCAUGGCGGAUGGGCCUUGUUCUUCGCCCAGCUCCUUCGAUAGUAGAGUUAAGGAGUGGAUCUCCAAGAUUAGAAGAGCUUAACCGCUUUGUCCGCCAGCUUCAUAACAAAAGUGGUCUUCAAGUUCUGAGUUUUAGUGAGACUAAAGUAACUCCUCUAGUCGAGGGAUAUGGAGGAUGGGCCUUUCGUAUGGAAGUUGUACCAAUUGAAUCUGCAUAUCCUGGAUUUGGUGAACUUGUGGUGCUAGACGGAACAGAUCAUGUUAACUCAUGCAAGCCCAUUAGUCGUACAGAUUCAGCAUAUACUGAAACACUUCAUUUUUUGCAAAAAAUACAGAAAGAUCUCUAGCUCUACUCAAUAUGUCACACUCUAAAGCAGUGGACAUUUGCUAUAAGUGUCAUUUGUGAAUCUUUUCAAAAUAUAUACCGUGUUUGUUCAGAUUGAAGCCACAUUUUUUUGGGCCACCUGAGUAUUUGUAUAGGCAAUUGUUGCAAUGGGAAACAGUGUAACAUUCCAUAUAUGAUGUCUGACAAAUUCGUUAUCAACCAAACUAAAAAUACAGAUAUUUGACCAUCUAUUCUAUGAUCUUUUUUUGUUCCUGUCGGCAGGCAGGUAUACCAUAUGGCUCUCAUGUAUUUCAAUUACUUAACUUAUUUUGCACAAUCAAAAUAAAGAAUUAAUUCUACUCCA